UCUGUUUUUGGUUUUGUAACUUUAGCUACUGCUCUUUGCACACUCAAGAUGGAAACCGAUUUUACUAACCUGCUUGGGAAGAGCUGGGCUCUUUGCUUCCUAUUCACAGCUUCUCCCCUGCUUUCUAGGACGGUCAGCCCAUCUACAUGGCAGUGAAGGGUGUGGUGUUUGAUGUCACUUCCGGAAAGGAGUUCUACGGGAGAGGAGCCCCCUACAACGCCUUGACCGGGAAAGACUCCACCAGAGGAGUGGCCAAGAUGUCCCUGGACCCUGCAGACCUCACCCAUGACAUUACGGGGCUCACGGCCAAGGAGCUGGAGUCCCUGGAUGACGUCUUCACCAGAGUGUACAAGGCCAAAUACCCCAUCGUCGGCUACACAGCCCGCAGGAUUCUGAACGAGGACGGUAGUCCCAACCUGGACUUCAAGCCGGAAGACCAGCCCCAUUUCGACAUAAAGGAUGAGUUCUGAUGUCAGUCCACAGGCUCGGGGUCUUGGGAGGGUGAGGCAAGGGGCACUGAGGUGUCAACCUGCAAAAUCUGCUUCCUGAAGCCUCUGAGUCGCGCGGAUCUGAAUAAAACAUGUUUAACCUGGAGCCAUGAUGGUUUUUUAUUGUC